CGGUUCCACACCUCCGGCGAGUCUCUGACCGACUUCGAAACAAAAAGGGACUCCGACUCCGAGCAGUGAACGAAUACCCCUCUCUAUGUAUAGAACGCAACCAAGCAUCCAUCCAGCACAUCCCGAUUCCUUCCUCGCGCGCUCGAUCCAUCGCCUCUAGUCAAGCGCAAGCAUGGACGGCCUCGCCGUCGCCGCCGCCGCGGCGAACUGCCGCUGCAGCCGCGUGGUCUACGUCGGCAACAUCCCUUUCCACGCGUCGGAGAAGGAGGUCCGCGACGCCUGCGAGCUCAUCGGCCCCGUCCUCUCCUUCCGCCUCGCCGCCGACGCCGCCACGGGUAAACGCAAGGGCUACGCCUUCGUCGAGUACGCCGACGACGCCACGGCGCGGAGCGCCUGCCGCAAUCUUCACGGCCACCCGCUGCGCGGCCGCGACCUGCGCGUCCCCCUCGCCGACAGAGCCAGCAUCAGGCGCCGGCGCCACGGAGACCACGACCCGAUCGGCAUGGACGACGCCAUCCACGCCGCGUCCCUCGUCGACUCUGCGGCGCGCCCUGCCGUGAUCGCGUCCAUGGCGCGGCACCUGGCGGGCUUGUCCCGGCACCAGCCGCGGGAAGCCGCGGCCGAGUUCGAGAAGCACGGUCCUGAUACCUGCAAGAUUCUGAAGAAGCACAUCCCCGGGCUGGACACCGCGAUGGAGAUGGUGCCGCGGCUGCUCGAGAUGGCGGCCGCGGAUGACGCCGCAGAGGAGGCCAAGAGGAAGAAGCGGGCGAGCGGCUGCCUUAAUGCUGAGGGGUCCGAUCAGCACGCCAAACUGAGGAAGAUGGAAGACGGCGGGAAGGCUACUACGAUGCACGCCGGAGUUGUCUGCUCAUGAGAGAUCAGCUGUUCUUGAUUUUGUAAAUCAGGGGGAAACAAACCCUAAUUCAUGUACUACAAUGUUAUCAUAUAUUUAUAUGUCGAUCUAUUAUGGUGGAAA